AAACAAUAUCAGCUACUUAACAUUUAACUGCAUUUAUAUAUGUUUGCUGAUAAUUAACUUUCCUGUGUAACCGAGGCGAAGUAUUCAAACCACGCAGCAAGGGAUAUGCGAACUUCGCUGGGGCACGUUGAACACAUUUACUAGGCGUCGGUUUAACACAACUAGUUUUGGCUUGCAACUGGAAUUUCUUGUGCGGUUGUGAAUUCAGAUCCUUACAGUGUUCAGCUUGCAGCAAGUGGUACACAAGAAGUCCCUUGAUAAUGUCUGAUCUAACAUCUCUGCAUAGUCAGGCCAAACGGUUAAUAUUAUUAUUGCGGGAAGGGCUUGAGCGCCUUGAGGCAUUGGAGGGUGCAGCAACACGGCAAAACCAGUCCAGCGGAGAUGCAACUGCAAACCUUGCUCGUGAUCUCCGGGCCAAGCUCGCAGACCUCACGCGCAUCAGCUGCGAAAUGGACUCCAUCUGGCGCAUGCAAGUCAUCCGGGAGAACGCCAGCAAACGAGACGUCUGGAAGCGCAAGGUGGAGCAGGUGUCGGAGGAGCUCGACAGCAUCCGGCGGGCGCUGGAGCGGCAGACCCACCGCGAGAGCAGGCGCGCGGCGGAGCAGCGGGACCGGGAGGAGCUGCUGGAGCGCGGGGAGGCGGGCAGGCGGGCCAAGCAGGAGAUGGACGAGGAGGCGCAGGUGAUGGGUAGUGUGCAGCGCUCCAAGCGCUACCUGGAGGAGAUGUACGAGUCGGGGACGCACCUGCUGGCGGGCAUGGCGGGGAACAGGGAGCGGCUCAAGGCUGCCCAGAAGAAGGCGCUAGACGUGUUAAACACGGUGGGGCUGGGCGAGUCGCUGCUGCGGCUCAUUGAGCGGCGACAGCGGAUGGACAAGUACACCGCGUAUGGGGGCAUGCUGGUCAUCUCCUUGGUGGUGGCCGUCUGCGUCUGGGUCUUCUGGUUCUGAGACAGACCGGGACCCCAGCUGCACGCCCCAGGGCCCAGAGUGGGCGCGGCCGCUAGCUACGGCAGGGAGUGCUCUUAUGUGCGCUUGCUCUCGCUCGCUCUGGCGGUCAUGAGGCUAGCUGGCUGGUAGCGGUGGCCGGAGGGGCGGUGAGCUAAAAGCCGUCAGCCAGUGGGUAGGGGCAUCACGACCAUGCAUGGGAAGCUGCAUUGCUGAGGCAGUGGCGAAGAGGUGGAGCGGUUGGCGGAGGGAAUUGGGAUGCGCGUCUGCUGCUGCCGUUGGGCAGCGGUGCCUGUGUUUAUUUUAGCCCCGGGGCAGCAACGCUUAGGGAGGGCUGUUGGGAGUGAGGAAUGGAAAGGGAAGGAAAGGAAAAGGGGCGUAGCGGGGAAAGCCUCUCAGCACAGCGUGGCGAGGCGGCGGAGCAAGCGGUCACGGUAACUUGCCGCACCCUACGGGUCAAAGUCCACCGCUUUCGCCAAUGAUGAACGAGUGGCAUCUUCUCUGCUCCGUCCGUCGGGUGUGCGUAGUGGGAGAGCGCCCUACCAUACACGCACCCUUAUUCAAGGGGGCGGUUCAAGGGGGCCCCAAGGCAGGGAGUGAGGAGGGGCCGCGUGCAGCUGAGGAGGGGUGCUGCUGCUGCUGCUGCUUUCUUUUGGGAGAGGAGCUUCCCGGGGGAGCAACUGCAGGCCUCUGCAAGAGCAGUUCGGCGCUCGCCCGCGCUUCACCGAGGGCUGUGUAUUCAGUCAACUGUUUAGACUCGGCCCCUCGCCCAGAAGAUGGCUGGAGGGCUUUGGGCUGACGGCAAUGGUCUGCAUACAUGGCAUCGCAGCAGCCUUUGCGUUGACACGACGGCGAUGGACACAGCAUGCAUGGGCGUUAGCGAUGAGGGCGACGACGGCGAUGAGGGCGACGAUGGGGCUGCGCAUCUGGGUCUGGCAUGCGUGGGCGAGGGAGAGAGCAGCCCUUGGGGCCAGCUGUGAAGAGGGGUGCCUGUGUGCCGUACUUUGGGCUGCUGCCGGCCUGCCGUCCAGACAGCUGCCAGGGGUGCCGCAUCACAGCGUAUUGUAAUAUGAUUCUCAC